AUCCGCAACCCGCCCUCUCUUUCUUCUUCUCUCCUCCUCACAGAUGUCGAUGACUGCCAGUCCGAGCCCUGUGAAAAUGGAGGCACUUGCAUUGACAAGAUUGAUUCGUUCCUCUGCCUUUGCCUGCCCAGCUAUGGAGGAGACACGUGUGAGAAAGACGUAGAAGGCUGCGAGCACGGUUGGAGGAAGUUCCACGGCCACUGCUACAGGUACUUCACUCACAGACACACCUGGGAGGAUGCAGAGAAAGACUGCAGAGAGCACAGCGCUCACCUCAGCAGCGUCAUCUCAGCCACUGAGCAGGAGUUCAUCAACGGUCUGGGACACGACAACGCCUGGUUCGGUCUGAACGAUCGCACAGUGGAGGAAGACUUUCAGUGGACUGACAGCAACGAUCUGGUAUAUGAGAACUGGAGGGAGGGCCAGCCAGAUAACUUCUUCGCAGGUGGGGAGGACUGCGUGGUGACCAUUGCCCACGAGGACGGCAAGUGGAACGAUGUGCCCUGCAACUACAACCUGCCCUACAUCUGCAAGAAAGGCACAGUGUUGUGUGGAACCCCGCCCGCAGUGGAGAACGCCCAUUUGAUUGGUCGCAGGAGGUCACACUACGACAUCCAUGCAGUGGUUCGCUACCAGUGCUCCGAGGGCUUCUUCCAGCGUCACAUCCCCACCGCCCGCUGCCGGGCUGACGGGAGCUGGGAGAGACCCAGGAUCAUCUGCACAAAGUCCCGGCGGUCACACCGGUACAGACGCCACCAUCACAGUCAGCACAACGAGCGCCGCGGCCACAGAAGACACGGAGGAGAUGGACACAAGGCCAGAGAGGACGCACACAGCUACUACUGAACCAAAUAAUACAGCGUCUGCAAAGCCCAUGUGCUAACCACGGCCCAUAAAGAAAGACAGUAGCUCACCCCCAUUUCCUUUCCUGCUUCUAACCAUGCUCCGUUUGGCUUUAUUCCUCCUUAACAAUUAGGUUUUCUUACUCUAACAUACUGUACAGUUUAUCUCCAUAACCACUCUCCCGGUGCUUUGAUGCUUCUUUAUGUUUUCACCCUGCUUCCUUUAACCGAGGUCCAUGCGAACACUAGCUAUGACACUAACUCCCUCCCUAACAUCUGAGUAAUGUUAAUCCUCUUCCUGUCUACGAACUAAACCCCGCUCAGUCUGUCUGACUGACAGCAGUGUGUGACGUAUGCAUGUGAGAAACUUAGAAAAGUGCUGAGUCACUUUUUUCAAAGGUUUGCUUGUUCAACAUGAAAACGAUUCUCAUACUAGUAUUCUGUUUACAAAGCACAGAUGUAAUUGAUGCAUUUAGUCCAUGGAGACCCGGAGCUUUUUGUAUGUGUACUGUAGCUGUUACUUUUUCCAUAGAGCAACUGAGAGCUGACCUGUUUUUAUUCUACUGACAUGCUUUUUCUAAUCUUUGCUAUGUUUUUGUGUUACGUUACUAUUUAUUAUAAAUCGUUUGCUAGUGAGUAUGCUUUCAUUGUUUACUUAUACUUCAAAGAGCCGACUUAACAUCAUUUUCUAUACCGGUAUAUAAGUCCAACAGUCAACAAUAAACUAAAUUAAUCAUUUGAUAAGCUAAUCUCUGUAUUGUAAAUAUUGUGGUGUUUGUUUUUGGCUGAUCCCUGAUCAAUAGUUGGACCUUGUCUAAUGAAAUAGAUCCCCCCCAUCCCUAUAAGCACUCUCAACUAAUGAAAAUGUCCCGAUGACAUAGAUAGUGUUGAUGGGGUUAUACUUUAGGAGAUAACCACUUGAUUGUAUCUGAAUUGCUAAAUACUUUCAAUCUUUGCACGGCUAUUUUUACUUUGAUGAGUAGAAUGUCACAAUUUUUUGUCUUUGAUAUUUGAUCGGUCAUUCACUUUUUUGGUGUUCUUGUGACUUUUUGUCCUGCUGUUGUAUUCCAUUCUUAAUAAAGUAAAAAAAUGAACAAUAGCA